GGUGGUUUUGCCAUAUGCUUUGAGCUUACGGACGUUGCAACCAAGCAGAAAUACGCAGGAAAAAUUAUUCUCAAAUCUGAUCUCAAAAGAACUUCUCAAAAGCAAAAGUUCAAUCAGGAAAUAGAGAUACACAGGUCCUUAACACAUGAACAUAUCGUAGGAUUUCACUCUUCUUUUGAGGAUGCUGAAUUCCAUUACAUUUUGCUAGAGCUCUGCAAUAGAUUUUCUUUAAUGGAGCUUCAUAAACGUCGGAAAGUUGUUACUGAACCUGAAGCUCGAUACUUCCUUCGUCAUGUCAUACUAGGUUGCGCAUAUUUGCAUCAGAGCAGGAUUAUUCAUCGUGAUCUCAAGCUUGCAAAUUUGUUUUUAAACGAUAAUAUGUGUGUCAAAUUAGGUGAUUUUGGACUAGCUACGCGGAUAAAUGUGAAGGAAGAGAAGAAAAAGACCUUGUGUGGGACACCAAAUUAUAUCGCUCCGGAGAUUCUCUUCAAACAAGGACAUAGUUUCGAAGUUGAUCUAUGGUCAUUGGGUUGUAUAUUGUAA